GGCAACCUUUUCUGGCUGUGGGCCGAGUGACCCUGCUGCCACGGCCGCUUCUCUCCAUGGUGGCACGGGGAGUGCCUUCUUCUGAAGCCCCACAUCUGCAAGCCGGAUCCAGUUGUUCUGCGGGCCAGAUCUGACCCAUAGCUCAUCCUGUGAAGAUUGAUGUCAUUUUCCUUCAUCACUUCAAUUUUGUUCACAGUUUGGAUAAAGAUGGCUCAACUCCAGCAAGGAGGACCAGAUGAAAAAGAAAAAACUACUGCACUAAAAGAUUUAUUGUCUAGAAUAGACUUGGAUGAACUGAUGAAAAAAGAUGAGCCACCACUUGAGUUUCCUGAUACUCUUGAAGGAUUUGAGUAUGCUUUUAAUGAAAAGGGGCAAUUAAGGCAUACAAAAACCGGUGAGCCAUUUGUUUUUAACUACCGUGAAGAUUUGCACAGAUGGAACCAAAAGCGCUACGAAGCUCUUGGAGAGAUCAUUACUAAAUAUAUCUAUGGACUACUGGAAAAGGAAUGCCACUUGAAAAAAGUAACUCUCCCAAUAGAUGCUUCUGAGAGUGAGCCAAAGAGUUUUAUCUUUAUGAGUGAAGAUGCAAUGACGAAUCCAGAUAAACUGAUAGUUUUAAUUCAUGGUAGUGGUGUUGUCAGGGCAGGUCAGUGGGCUAGAAGACUUAUUAUUAAUGAAGAUCUGGACAGUGGUACACAGAUACCAUAUAUUAAGAGAGCUAUUGAGGAAGGCUAUGGAGUAAUAGUACUGAAUCCCAAUGAGAACUAUAUUGAAGUAGAAAAGACAAAAGCCCAAGUACAGCAAUCUUCUGAUAGCUCAGAUGAACCUGCAGAAAAGAGAGAAAGAAAAGAUAAAAUCCAAAAGGAAACAAAGAAGCGACGUGACUUCUACGAAAAGUAUCGGAAUCCGCAAAAAGAAAAAGAAACUGUGCAGUUGUAUAUCAGAUUGUGGUCUUUGGAAAUCUGGCCAGAAAGAGCAUACCAGCAGGUCAAGCAGCAAAACCUACCCUUUCACCAACCUCAAUGUUCUACUUACAUCUCCUCAGCUGAG